GUUCCAGCGCCAACGCAGCCCGGUCACAGUUGCAAAGCUGCUGCUGACCCAAGUUCUAUCUGUAUAACACCUGCACACCGAGUAUCCGCUCAAAGCCCGCGCUUGCGACCCCUCAUACUUGCGUCAUCCAGACUCAUCUUGCGAAAUGGCAGCUAAACCAAGCGGACCCCGCACUUUGGUCAACACGAUCAAGCUACUUGUGAAUGCGGGAGCAGCUAAGCCAGCUCCUCCAGUUGGCCCCGCCCUCGGCCAAGCAGGGCUGAACAUUAUGGCGUUCUGCAAGGAGUUCAACGCGAAGACCGCCAACUACAAGGAGGGCACACUGCUGCGCGUUAAAGUGCGCGUCUUCAGCGACAAGUCUUACGAGUGGGACCUGAAGACACCGCCCAGCACCUGGCUUAUCAAGAAGGCCGCAGGCCUGGCGCGCGCCGCGGACCGGCCAGGGCACGAGCUGUCGGGCACAGUCUCUCUGAAGCACCUGUAUGAGAUCGCGCGCGUCAAGCAGCGGGACACACCCAACCUGCCUCUGCAGUCCAUCGUUACGGCGCUGCUCAGCACCUGUCGCAGCAUGGGUGUGCGCGUCGUGGCGCGCCCCGAGGAGGCGUGAGCGACGGCAGCCUCCCCUUUCCCCACCUCAUUCGCAAGGCACUGCACAGCUUUGGCCCGCUGCAGGGGCGCCCGCUACGUUGGCAGUCCCCACGGCAUGCUGUUGGCAGUCCAGGUGAUGGCGUUCCUCAACGCCAGAACUUCCGCGGCUUGCGCGUGCCCUGCCUGCGCGCCGCAGUGUCCCGGUGGCCCGCGCUCCCGCCUGCCACCGCGUGCGGCCUUGCCUGCAGCGGAUGGCGGCGGCUGUCCUGCGGACGCUUCUCACGCCCAACUUUCAGCAAGCAGUGGGAUGCGGCUUCCCAUACAAGCCAGCCGGACGCACCCGUAUCACAGCUAAGGGCGCCAGUUGGUGGUAGUCUGGCCCGUCCUGCACGCCCCCUGGUCGAGGUCAUGCGCCGUGUAUGCACCCGCUUCCGUGGAGGUGGACACCUCUAGUAGCUUCGGGCGUUCACAGCAUCGGCAGUGGGUCAUAGGCUGUAUGCGGAUGGCAUUGCUGUCCGUGCUACUUCAUUGACGCCCUGGCCGUAGGGGCCUGGGUCUGCUCGCCCUGCCCCGCGCGGCUGGCAGGUCCGUUGCCGCUCUUGGGGGGGCAGCUAGGACAUAGAUGGUUGGACGAGGCGCAUGCCUGUGGGUGUACGCAGGAUGCCUGAUGACGAUUGCUUACACUCGGCUACACUGGUGUGGUUCUGGUGCUGCGUCACCCGUUUAGUCGCAGUUGCGGUGCAAGGGGCUGUCGUGAGCUGGCGCAUCUGUCGUGCAUCGUGAGCCUCGGGCUCCCGAACAUGCAUUGCAUGUAACCACUUGCACCGCUUGCACCAAGAUGCGCUUGCAGUGCAGCGUGCGACAAUCGGAUUGGCAAACUGAAGUCGUCCAGAAAAUGUAAUGGUGCAUCUGG